AUGGAAUACCUACCCAGUCUUCAGCAGGAGUUUGACGAGCUCAAGCCGUCACUUUUCGAACUCCUCGCUGAGCAACAGCUCUCAGAUCUCCUACCUCCUUCGCUUCGAUAUCUCCUCGCCGUCGCUACACAUCGUCAUCCUCGCUAUCUAUUACGGAUCCUAAACUCAUAUGACGAAGUCUACGCACUCCUGUCUCUCAUUGUCGAACGAUACUAUCUCCGUACCUUUGGUGGCUCUUUCACCGAGAACUUCUACUCUCUUAAACGAGAACGAGUCCUACGGACCAAGAAUGGCGAGAUUCCCCGGGCGCAGCUCGGCGCGCCAGGCCCCGUGCGCGAGUCUCUUAAGCUGCGGUCGUCGGACGUGUGGAAGAACCUUUUUGUCAUGGUCGGAAUCCCCUAUCUGAAGCGCAAGCUGGACGAGGGCUACGACAUACACGCCGCACCGCAGGCGUCGCUAAUUCUGAGCGGGGGGCCGCGAUACAAUCCCAGCGACGACCUUCCUGCACGCCCAACAAUCCGCCAGCGGCUGAUGUACUACUACAAAUGGUUCCUGCGGAACGUCUACCCCUCCGUCAACGCCGCAUACUACUUCUCCAUCCUAGCCUUCAACCUCGCCUACCUCUUCGACAACACGAAAUACUCCUCCCCUUUCCUAUGGCUCAUCGGCACCCGAAUUCGCCGCCUAGGCGCCGCCGAUCACCGCGCCAUCGCCGCCGUCCUAGACGGCAAACCCAGCGCCAGCGCUGCCUCCGCCCGCUCCCGCCCCGGCUCCGGGCUCCUGGGUCUCCUAAGCCCGCAGAAUCUCUACCCACAACUCCUCGCCUCGCUGCGCUACUUCCUCCCGGCAUCGAUCUUCGCGCUGAAGUUUCUCGAAUGGUGGCACGCAAGCGACUUCUCGCGCCAGCUGGCGCGCAAGGCGACGGAGGUGCUCGAUCUUCCUGCCCCCGUCGUCAACGGCAUGGUUCCGCCCUCAGAAAGAACCAAGAAAGCAGAUUCGCAGAAGGGCAAGGAACCCGCCUCGAAGGACCUCAAGCCCGCGCUCAAAAGCCCAAACCGCCGGAUGCAGCCACCCAUCUCGGCUACCUCGUACCUACCUAUCUUCACCGUUCCUCUCCCGCCCGCGGACUCGGAUAGCGCGUCUGCCUGUCCGAUCUGCCUCAACCCGUUGACGAAUCCGACGGCGUGCCAGACCGGCUAUGUAUUUUGUUAUGUUUGCAUCUUUCACUGGCUGAAUGGGGAUCACCAGCGGCAGCUGGAUUUUAUGAAUGGCGAGAGCGCGGGCGCUGCCUGGGAAGAUGAGAAUGAGGACAGUGAGGAUGGUGCGAAAGACAAAGAGGACGGCCGUGAGGAAAAGAAAGUCAGCCGGGAGGGCAAAUGGGAGAGUGGCAAAGGGAGAUGUCCAGUCACAGGACGGAGGGUGCUGGGGGGUACUGAAGGGCUUAGACGAGUUCUAAUCUGA